AUGCUGCGAGAGCAUCUGGGAAGUACGCUAGAUCCGAUUGACGGUGCCCUGUCUCAUAUUUUCAAGCGACUGGACGACCUGUGCAAAACCAAAUACUUUCGCUAUUUUCUGGUCGAUUUAUACAAGGAUUGUCCCUUCUGGCCAGACGACAGUCUAUGCAUGAGCCGUGAUUGUGUUGUGGAGAAGAUGAAUGAGACAGAUAUUCCAGAGCAAUUCCGUGCUGCUCGCCUUGGCGAGGUCAAGUACGUGGGCAAGGAGGAGGGCGAAUCGGUGAGUGACAGCGGCGCAAACGUAAACUUUUGCUACCUUGACGACGGGGAUUCAUCUACCGAAGCAGCAUAUGUGGACUUAUUAAAAAAUCCUGAACGCUUUACUGGCUACUCAGGCGUAAGUGCGAACCGUGUAUGGCGAAGUAUUUACGAGGAAAAUUGCUUCAAUUCCAACAAGUUUAGGGAUCCGCCAAGCUCUGCAGCAGGCGGAACCGGCUUUAUAUCACCUCAUCAAGUCAAGAUGGCGAGCAAACAUGGAUUGGGUGGCGCUUUGAGUAUGUGGAAUGGAGGAGGACUGGAUACCCUGAUCCAAUCGGUCGAGGCCCCCGAAGAUCCAGGCAGCACAGAGCAUUGCCUAGAGAAGCGCGUGUUUUACCGCAUCAUUUCUGGCCUGCAUGCAUCGAUUUCAAUCCAUAUUUGCAGCGAAUACCUGGACCCUGCAACGAAUACAUGGGGCCCAAAUUUGGAAUGCUUCCUGACCCGCAUUGCCCAGCACCCCGAGCGGCUGCAGAAUGUGUACUUCGACUAUGUGUUACUCAUGCGUGCACUUUCCAAAGCGGGUGAAUAUCUGGACAGGUUUGAACUGCGCGAGGGCGACCAAAUUAAAGACGCUGAUACUAAGAAACAACUGGAAGAGCUUUUGCGCCACGCCGGCGCCAAUCGUCCGUCGUUUGACGAGCAUAACCUGUUUGCAAUGACAAACGACCCUGUAAAAAACAGAGCGACCUUGCAGCUAAAAGAGGAUUUCCGCUCUCAUUUUAUGAACGUCUCGCGCAUUAUGGACUGCGUGGGCUGUGAUAAAUGCCGCCUUUGGGGCAAGCUCCAAUUUGCAGGGAUCGGCACCGCACUCAAACUCUUGUUUGCCUUUGAGGAAACGGCCUCGCAGACGUCGGUUACACUUCGGAGAACCGAACUUGUGGCACUUAUAAACACUGCUCAUCGCAUCUCUGAAAGUAUUCACGCCGUGGACACAUUCAGGAACCUAUACCAAGAAUCGGCUCACCCAGAGGAAAAGUACAAUGCGCCUCCUGGAAAGCCCCCGUCUGAAAGACCCAAUGAGCAUGUGUCUGAUACACAUUCCCUGCUACAUAAAAUUGCACAUGCGGUACGCCACUACCUCGCCCUCGUCUACCGCCGCCUGUCCACGCCGCAGGCCGAUUUGUAG